UUUGCUGUUGUAAAAACUCCCUAUUGUUGUGAUCCAGAAAUUUUUCUACCAUAGUAACGUGACGUCACACGUCUCCUCUCUAUAUCAGGCUACGUUCACGACCGGUUGAAAAUUCGAGGACCCUCAAGAUCGUCAGUCGGUCGCGGAGAAUUCGUCCGGUGCCUCGUGAACGUAGCCUGAGGUGAAUUAGUCUUUACUCUUAUCUUUUUUCAGAUCGGUGAAUGGAAUCUUCAUGGACUCCCAAGCGAUGAGCUGUCCAUUCAAAACGGUAUCAUCGUCACCAAGGCAACAAGGUAUCCUCUUCUGAUAGACCCACAAACUCAAGGCAAAGCUUGGAUCAUGAGUCGCGAGAAAGAGAACGAACUACAGGUAUAUAGCUAAAUGUCUACGCAUAUACUUGUAAUUUUUGGGUCUGUGGAUGAAAUCCUAUGGUGUGACCAUUCAAAUGGAAGCUACUGAGCAGUACGUUCCUGCAGUACUGUUUAUUAUGCUGUAGAAGGUGAUUCUAACUUUUGAGUCUGUGGGUGAAAUCCUAUGGUGUGACCAUUCAAAUGAAGGCUCUUCAGGAAAACAUUGCAUGGUGCUAUUUAUUUAGUAUGUAUUGGUUAAUUUUGAGUCUGUGAAUAAAAUCCUAUGGUGUUACCAUUCAAAUGAAACCUCUUCAGCAGUACUUUCACAUGGUGCUAUUUAUUUAGCAUGUAGUGGUAACUUUUGAGUCUGUGGAUAAAAUCCUGUGCUGUGACCUUUGCUUUUGAAUCUUUGAAUGAAAUCCCAUGGUGAACUCCUUGAAUUGUUAAACUCUUUGAACUUUCUGCUAUUUAGGUGACAUCACUUAACCACAAGUACUUCCGAAAUCAUCUGGAAGACUCCCUGUCACUCGGAAGACCUCUUCUUAUUGAAGACGUCGGAGAGGAACUAGACCCUGCUUUGGACAAUGUGCUGGAGAAAAACUUCAUCAAGUCUGGCUCUACUUACAAAGUAAGUACCUUGCUAAUGCAUACCUGCAGCCAACAUAAAAACGGAGCAAGAAAUAACGAUUUUUAUCCAUUUCCAAGUUGUUAUAUUAUUUCUGAUUCUUGUAUCGUAAUUGUUAAAUUGUUCGCACCGUGUAAGACUUAUCUUAAUUCGCAAUUUCGUUCAUUUCGUGUUUAAAAAGAGGACUGAGGCACUGUUCGAGUUCCGAAACACCAAUGCAAAGCUUUUGAAACACCACUACCAGAAACUUGAUUUCGUAUAACAGUGAUUAAAUGAGAAAGCAAGCAAAUCCUGGUAAAUCUAACGGAAAUAUAAAACUGACGAAGUGAUCAAUCAUCUGAGAUAUUUCUCUGUGUUUCGUUCACCUGUAGAGUCAUGUUUUUAGAUCUUCUCUUUGACGCUACUCGCGAGAACGGGAUAUAUGGUAGAGAGCUCGAUACAACUACUAUGCGAAAGCAGUUGUUUGGUUUUGACGUCACAAUCGGUUUGAAAUUUGAGCGCGCGCGGAAGAAUUUUUAACGAAAUCCGUAGGCUCGCGCGUCACUUUGGCUGUAUUUUGCUGACAGUUUCGUACGCUAUCGGUAAAUAUUAGAGUAUUGUCAAAAAUGGAAAAGGAAAAAUAUUAGCACCGGCAUCGGCGUCAUUAUCAGUAUCGCUAAUAGUAUUAGCAUUAACAUUAGCAUUAGUAUUUGUAUUAGUAUUAGUAUUAGUACUAGUAUUAACAUCAGCAUCAGUAUCAGUAUCAGUAUUGCUAAUAGCAUUAGUGUUAGUAUUAAUAUUAGCAUCAGCAUUAGCAUUAGUAUUAGUGUUGGUGUUAGUGUUGGUGUGAGUGUUAGCAUCAGCAUCAGUAUUAGUAUCAGUUCCCUCCUUUCAAGCUGUUAAAUAAGUCAGUUUAGUUUUCACUUGCUCAUAUUAACAAUCAAGUGUUUCCGUUAGGUUAAAGUUGGCGAUAAAGAAUGUGAUGUGAUGAGCGGCUUUAAAAUGUACAUCACCACAAAGCUGGGAAAUCCUUCCUACACACCUGAGGUUAGAGACGUUGUUACCAUCUUCGAGUAUCUUCUGUAUUGUGUUUUUAAAAAAACUGAGUUAAAGGAUUGUGUAGCCGCUGCUUUGCGCAGGAAGUGUCGCUUUCCCACCGCUAAGCGAAAAUGGCAACAGCUGUAGCAUUUGCAUUCCAAUUCUCUUAAAUCAUAUGUGGGAAAGUUUGCGAAUAUUAACAGUUUGCUAUCCGAUCAUACAUAGUGGAUUUCAUAAUCUUAACCUGUGUAAUUGCACGGUUUUUUGGCUGUUUAGGUGAGCGCUCGCACAGCAAUUAUUGACUUCACUGUGACGAUGAAAGGACUGGAAGAACAACUUCUUGGAAGAGUGAUUAACACCGAAAAAGAGGUGAACCUUUGUUAUUCUUUACCCUGCGUAAACCUAAGAUUCGAGAUGUCAUAUCAUCCAAAGGAAGUGUUACGUUUUCAUUUUAACUUAGACGCCAUGUUUUACAGGAGCUAGAAGCAGAACGGGUGAAACUCAUGGAAGAUGUAACAACAAAUAAAAGAAAGAUGAAGGAACUUGAAGAUAAUCUAUUGUACAGGCUCACAAGUACCCAGGUGAAUUUAGCUUUUAGACUGGUAAAACGAUAAUAGUUUUCUUGUAGUUGUGGAAAAGGUUAAGGCUGGUUGUUCCAAUGAAAAGCACCAGCACCUAACCUCCUUCUGGGUCUGAGAAAACCGUUUAUUGUAUCAGUGUGCGACUCGUACAUCUACUAGCAGAUUUAUUGCUGGACCUCAAGCGUGACUUAUAUUCCCUAAGAAAACGAAAACUAUCUUUUCUUUGUAAAUGAUAGAAAAUAAAUAGGAAUUAAAAAAGUCCAAGAAUGGACGAUCAUCCCCAGUUUGGUAGAUGUAGCGAAGAUAACGCAACGUCAAACGAGAACGCGAAGGCGCGCGAAGAAGGACUGAACGCGACCUCUGGUACCUAAAUGCAGCUCUAAUUAGUCAAGUCGGUUUUUACUUUUGCACGCGCCGUCGUCACUGUCUUCUCUUUGUCUUUUCUUAAUCUCCUUAGUAGAUGAGAUACGACUUGACUGAAUUACUCCGAAUUGUAACCAAGGUCUAUAAACACGACUUUUCUCAGCGGUCGGUUACAUAAUCCAACUGUUCUUGCAAUAACAAGAGAGGCUACUUGCAAUACUCUCUACCAUAUUCAAGAUUUGGGUAGUCUAAUCUGUUCAUUGCUUGGUCUUGACUUGUCAUGGCUAUUCUAUGCCACCCACGUGGGCCAUUUAACCGCUUGCUACGGGGCGGGGCGCGUGCCUUAAACCUUAUUUUCAUCUUAUUCAGGGUUCCCUAGUAGAGGAUGAGUUGUUGCUGCUGAGACUGAAGUGAAGAUCAACUUGGCUCGUGAGGAGUUCCGCCCUGUUGCCACGCGCGGCUCCAUUUUGUACUUCUUAAUCGUCGAGAUGAGCAUGGUGAAUGUCAUGUAUCAGACGUCACUUAGACAGUUCUUGGGGAUCUUCGAUCAGUCCAUGGCAAGGUAGUAGCACUGAGAAGUCAAUUAAUUCUUAACUAGUUCAUUCUUCUGACGUCAGACAAAUAACUAUGGAGAGCGUUUUUUUGAUGCGCAAUUUGUUCUCUUGCAAGAGACUGGAGGAAAAGCACUCUUUUUUUAAACACAUUUCAGUAUCUUUUUCUAUAGAUCGAUGCAAGACUUUCCACUUACCCAUUCCCUGACUCAACGUUUUAAUAGCAUCUUACGUAGGGUCAGAAUGUUGGUUUUGCGAAGGGGAAGGUGGGCAGAAGAUUCUGGGAAUUGAAACUGACCUCUUACCCCUCCCCUAUUAGUGUUAACAUUGACUAAGGGGCGGGUAGGUGGAAGGUCUAGCAUCGAGCCCUGCCCUGUGUUAAACCUAUGGCCGAAGGAGACAACUCAAAGCAAAAUAAUAACCUCCAAAUCGGUAGACUUAAGGGUUGGCUGAGGCAGGCUUUGUUAAACUUAACGACCAGAUUAAAAAAUCGCCACAUUUGUCCGUAAAUAUUCAGCCCUUAUCAUUCUGCUCCAACUAAGUAUCGUGGAAUGGUAUUAUUGAAUUUUUUUUUGUCAACAGA